AUGGCGCAACUUAGCGAUCACCCUCUGAUAUCCACCAAACCCUCUGAUACCGGUCUCCUCGUCUCUCUGCACCCUCUCGUCCUCCUCACAGUAUCCGACCAAGUCACAAGACAUUCAGUACGAAAACAGUCAGGCCCCGUUGCGGGCGCACUUCUUGGACAGCAAAAAGGGCAGGAAAUUACAGCAGAACAUGCAUUUCAAGUAGCGUUGGUUCAAGGUCCAGAAGGUCAGUGGCAGUUCAACGAAGUCUGGAUGGGAACAAGAAUUCAACAGUAUAAGGAUGUUCACAAAGCACCGGCUCUCGAAUUUGUUGGAUGGUUCACUCUUUGUCCCAAAGAUGGGCCUCUCCCGGAACUCGUUCCCCUCCAGAAACAAGCAACCACUCUCUACAAUGACAACGCCAUCCUUCUUGCUUUACACCCAGAAUUGAUCAAGACCGCCAAUAUGGCAGGUGGGAAGCUGCCAAUAUCCGUCUACGAGAGUGUUCUCGAUGUCGAACCGCCCAAAGGUGAUGGUUCAAUGCAGGUCGAUGGGGAGGAGUUAUCUGUGAUCAAGUUCCGACAAUUGCCAUACACGAUCGACACCGACGAGACAGAAAUGAUUGCAAUUGAUUAUGUGGCCAAGGGAGCCGGCAGUGCCGCAGCAGUAGACGAGACAUCAUCUGAAGAGCGAGUCCCAACCCCCAAGCCCGUCGAAUCAUCACAGGCAGAUAAGAAAGGCAAGAGACGGGCUGAUCCACUACCAGGAGCCACAGAACAGAGAGAGACGAACGGGGUAGAGGAGAACGUAAAAACACUCACUGUCGAAGAAGAGGACCAAAUUGCCAGCAUAACCACUCGGUUGAACAGUGUAAAGAUGCUGCAAGCCCGCAUUUCUCUCCUUCGCAGUUUCAUCCAGUCUCUCCCCCCAACCUACAUUUCCGACCAAGAUUCUGCUUCACUGACUCCUACAUCACCGGAUCCCUCUCACCUUCCACACCUGCGCGAUAUACAAGCCCUGCUCACGCGCCUAUCUCUGCUGACGCCAAUUGAAUCUGCAUCUUCCGUACAGCCUUUAGCGGCCGUCUCACAAGCGCAAUCCAACGACGUCGCUUUAGCCAGCAUGCUCUCGAUCCUUGGUCAGGAUAUCCAGGCCAUGAGUGAGCUUGGCCGCAAGUUUGCAACGGUUGAUAACAAUCGUGGCUCAAAAGGCAAGCUCGGCGGCUCCAAAAAUGGUGGCGUUGCUGGAGGUGGAGCCGGUGCAUUCGCAGGCUUGGAUGAAGCUGAUGGCCGAUUUGGCGGGGUUGCGAUGAGCGGUGGAAGUACUAUGAUGGUGUGA